AGUUCCAAAAAACCACUCUUAAUCUUUAUUUAAUCAGUGCCUAAUUGUGUUUAAUAUCAUGGCUGCCAAGAAAAAUUCCCCAAUUGGCCAUUUUUUUCUAGUGCUAAACCUUCUCUUCUUCUUCACACUUGCAAUUAGUUCAUGUGGAACUUGCGCCGACCAAUAUAAACCCAAACCGCCACCGAUGUCGAUGCCUACUCCGUUUUACCCUACCCAAGACUAUUGCCCAAAGGAUACCCUAAAACUAGGGGUAUGUGCUAAUUUGCUAGCCGGAUUACUCGGCCGAACAAACGGGAUCCCGCCAAAAGCACCGUGCUGCAGCCUUAUUGCAGACUUGGACGAUUACGGGGCGGCCGUUUGCCUUUGCAACGCCGUUAAAGCAAAUGUUUUAGGCAAAAACCUUAACGUGCCUCUUUCGAUUAGCUUGCUUCUCAAUGUUUGCACCAAGAAAGUUCCGAAGGGCUACACAUGCUAUGUUUAGUUUAUGUUAUGCAUCUCUUUUGCAUGGUAACGACGACACCGUGUGUCGAUUUCGUAAUUAAGUUAUAUGGAGUGUUUUGUUAUAAUUAUUUGUAUUAGUGUUGGGGAAAAACAAGGGUUUAUAUAAUUCUGUUUGCAGAUUGUAAUAAUUAAUGUUAUAUUAAUUAAUGCAAUCUUUUUUCACAAUAUGUAUUGGUUUAUUUAGUCAUGAUUUUAUUGCAUGGAUUGAAGUAA